GAAAGAAAAAAACAAGAGCCAAUCAAAAAAGAAAACGAAUUGAAUUUUCUCGUCGAUCGUCUCCCUCCCGUCUCCUCUCCUCUCGUUUCGUUGAAUAGACAAAUAAAAACACAAACACAAACAAAAAACACGGGCUCUGUUCUGUUUCGCUAAGAUUUUCUUGCCAUGUUUUCGUCGUAUUGAAAUGAUCUUCCUUCCUUCCUUCGAUCAGAUUCAAAUUUAACUCGAGAUCUCUCCGUUGACUUAGAUAAUUUAUGGUAAGAGAGGAGGAGAAAUAAAGACUCUUUGACUCUGAGAUUAUUUCUCGGCCAUGCGACGCUGCUUCGUCGCCGCCAUAUCCCUCUCCAGAGAGGAAUCAACCUUUUUGUCAUUCUCUUCUUCUAAAGUAUUGUUCCCGCGUUUCCAUAAGGCUCUUCUUCUUCUUCUUCUUCUUAUUCGUUCAGAUCCAAAAGAUGUCCGCUAAUUCUCAUCCUCCCAAUUCCCAAAAUGUCCUCUGUAAUGCAGCAGCCGGUGCCGCUGCAGGGGUAGUUGCGGCAACGUUUGUGUGUCCUCUUGAUGUUAUAAAAACGAGGUUUCAGGUUCAUGGUCUGCCUAAGCUUUCUCAUGCCAACAACAUCAAAGGUAGUGUUAUAGUUGGGAGUCUUGAGCAGAUCUUCAAGCAAGAAGGGAUGCGUGGCUUAUACCGUGGUCUUUCCCCUACCGUCAUGGCUCUUCUCUCCAAUUGGGCGAUUUAUUUUACUAUGUAUGACCAGCUCAAGAGCUUUUUAAUUUCGAAUGAUAAGGAUCACAGAUUCAGCGUUGGUGCUAACGUAAUGGCUGCCUCUGGUGCUGGAGCUGCUACUACUAUUGCCACUAAUCCUCUUUGGGUUGUCAAGACUCGUCUUCAGACGCAAGGAAUGAGAGAGGGUGUAGUGCCAUACAAGAGUACACUCUCUGCUUUAAGAAGAAUAGCUUACGAGGAAGGAAUCCGCGGAUUGUACAGUGGACUUGUGCCUGCACUAGCUGGUAUCAGUCACGUUGCCAUUCAGUUUCCUACUUAUGAGAUUGUCAAAACCUACUUGGCCAACAAAGGUGAUAAGUCAAUCGAUGAUCUGAAUGCUCGUGAUGUAGCAGUUGCCUCUUCAAUCGCUAAGAUAUUUGCUUCCACAUUAACCUAUCCGCACGAGGUGGUGCGAGCAAGGCUUCAAGAGCAAGGAGGACACCACAGUGAGAAACGUUACUCCGGGGUUAGAGACUGCAUUAAGAAAGUGUUUGAGAAAGAUGGUAUUCGCGGUUUUUACAGAGGAUGUGCCACUAAUCUCCUGAGAACAACUCCUGCUGCAGCCAUCACCUUCACUAGCUUCGAAAUGGUUCAUCGUUUCCUUGUCACUCACUUACCUUCAUAGCAAAGCUCUAUUACUUUAGACUUUCUUUUUUUUGAUGAUGACGACGACGACUAGAUGUGUGGUUUAGUGAGAGGUAAACAUGUUCAUUUUACAGAAUUAAAGAAGUUUAUUUACUCCCUUUUUUGGGGGAGAAUAGAUCAAAAUAGGACUCUUCGUUUCUGGACAAAGCCUUAGAUUCAUGCUCACAUGCUUUUAUGUUUCUGUUGGAGAAAUCAACAGAAGAAGAUUUGUGUGUUGGUUUCUUAAGAAGAGAAACUUGUAGAGAUCCCAUCAAAUAAUAUGUCAUCUUCUUGGCUU